UUUUCUGGACCAUAGGGUGAAGUGAGGGGCACAGCUGUCAACUGAUCACCCCUUGGCAAUGAGUUUGAUAUCCGGAGCACCACCCAGAUAGAGCCAGGCACUCGGGCUCUUCUGAGCCACAUUUCCACAAGGUUACCAUGGGCCCCUCAGACAUCUCAAACAACACAGAGCAGGCUGUGGAGGUCAAGGGGAGCCACACCUACAGGUACCAGGGCCAUCUGGGUAAUAAUGACAUGGACAUCCACAAGCCAGGCUUCACAAGCGACAUCACCAAAGACUUAAGUGUCCAGGUCACCCUUAUCACUGCCUACUCCCUUAUCAUCCUGCUAGGCCUGGUUGGAAAUUCCUUGGUUAUCUACAUGAUUGUCCGCUACAGAAACAUGCGCACCGUCACCAAUUUAUUCAUCGCCAACCUAGCUCUGGCAGACCUAAUGGUGGACAGCCUGUGCCUUCCCUUCACCUUAGUCUAUACCCUUCUAGAUGAUUGGAAAUUUGGGGCAGUGUUGUGCCACCUGGUACCCUACGCACAGGCCCUCAGCGUCCACGUCUCGAUCCUUACCCUCACUGUAAUUGCUCUGGAGCGCCAUCGCUGCAUUGUGUUUCACCUGGACCAGCGUCUUUCCCGGCGCUCAAGCUUUGCGAUCAUCACUCUAACCUGGGCCGCAGCUGCUGUGCUAGCAAGUCCAUUAGCAAUCUUCCGGGAGUACAGACACGAGGAAAUCCCGUCUAUCAACUUGCGCAUUAUUGUGUGCUCUGAGAAGUGGCCCCAUGGCACGAACCGCGACGGCAUCAUUUACAGCCUCUCGAUGUUGCUGCUGCAGUAUGUGCUUCCACUUGGAGUCAUCAGCUAUGCCUAUGUGCGCAUAUGGGUCAAGUUGAAAAACCAUGUCAGCCCUUGUAACCGGAGUGACAGCGUUCACCGUCGCAAGAAGACCACCAAGAUGUUGGCACUCGUAGUGGUGGUCUUUGCCAUCUGCUGGCUGCCCUUCCAUAUCUUCCAGUUGGCGAGUGAUAUGGACCUGGUCCUCAAGUUUAAAGAAUACAAGCUACUUUAUACUCUCUUCCACAUUAUUGCUAUGUGCUCCACCUUCACUAAUCCCCUUCUGUAUGGCUGGAUGAACAAGAAUUACAGGAACGGGUUCCUCAUGUUCUUCCGCUGCGAGCACAAACCCGAGACCAUCCAUCCCGAGGGCUCCUUCCGGACCCGGUCUCACCGGGCCUUAACCAUCCAGGGACCAACUAAUGGACAUGUCCCAGCUGCUGUCUAAAACAGGUGAUAGCAGAUCCCCUCUGUAUGGGAAGACAAGAAACAAGCUGUGUGUAUAUGUUUCCAGAUGUGGUUAAAGGCCACCGGGCUCUGCAGUGUAAUGUUCCUUGCAAAGUGCUUGAUCCCACCAUCUGUGACACCUAACAGCAUCUUUUCAGGUCUAGCCAUUUCCAGGGAUGAUCAUUACUGAUUGUUCUUAAAGCACUACAACCAAAUAAGACAAACAUCUUAUAUAAUUUCAUAAUCAGUUUUAUGUGAUGUUCUCUCUUCUUUCAAGUUUUCUACUGAACUGUUAUUUCUGUUUCUCCCCAGUUACUGGUAUACAUACACACACACUUUCUGAACCGCUUGUCCCAUAUGGGGUCGCGGGGAACCGGA